GAGGAGGUGCCAGGACCUGCUUCUCCUUUUGUAUUGUUUUGAACCUCAGUCUGUUCCUCUACCAGUGAAGACAUGUCCACCACCACCACUCUCCCCACUGACCCCACCAAAAUGGGGUUGGGUCGCUCAAUCGCUGUGCUAACUUCUGGCGGUGAUGCACAAGGUAUGAAUGCUGCAGUGAGGGCUACUGUCAGAGUUGGUCUCUACACUGGAGCUAAGGUCUUCUUUGUGCAUGAGGGGUACCAGGGCCUGGUGGACGGUGGGGACCACAUCAAGCAGGCAACAUGGGAAAGUGUGUCUAUGAUGCUCCAACUGGGUGGGACCGUGAUUGGCAGUGCUCGCUGUAAAGAUUUCCGUAGCAGAGACGGGCGUAUGACUGCAGCAUGUAACCUGGUGAAGCUAGGAAUCACUAACUUGUGUGUGAUCGGAGGAGAUGGCAGUUUAACUGGAGCCAAUCAGUUCAGGACCGAAUGGAGCGGUCUGCUGAAAGACCUGGUCAAUGCCGGUAAGAUCACAGAGGCCGAGGCCAAAAGGUCCUCGCACCUGAACAUUGUGGGAAUGGUGGGCUCCAUAGAUAAUGACUUCUGUGGCACGGACAUGACAAUCGGCACUGAUUCUGCCCUGCACCGCAUCAUCGAAGUGGUGGAUGCCAUAACCACCACUGCACAGAGCCAUCAGAGGACAUUUAUUCUUGAAGUUAUGGGAAGACAUUGUGGGUACUUGGCCCUGGUCACAGCUCUGGCUUGUGGUGCAGAUUGGGUCUUUAUCCCUGAAAUGCCUCCAGAUGAGGGCUGGGAGAACCAUCUCUGUAGGAGACUGGCAGAUCAAAGAGCCAGAGGAUCUCGUUUGAAUGUCAUCAUUGUGGCUGAAGGGGCUAUCAGCAGAGAUGGUAAACCAAUCACUUCUGAACAAAUCAAAAUGCUUGUGACAGACAGGCUUGGCUUCGACACUCGCACCACAAUACUGGGACAUGUGCAAAGAGGUGGGACACCGUCUGCAUUUGACAGGAUCCUUGGCAGUAGGAUGGGUGUGGAGGCAGUAAUGGCUCUGCUGGAGGCCACCCCUGACACCCCGGCUUGUGUGGUCAGUUUGUCUGGAAACCAGGCUGUCAGACUGCCUCUAAUGGAGUGUGUGCAAGUGACCAAAGAUGUAACAGCAGCGAUGGCUGAGGGGAGAUUUGAUGAGGCCAUCAAGCUUAGAGGAAAGAGUUUUGAGAAUAACUGGAACACAUACAAGCUCCUGGCUCACAUCAAUCCUCCAGAUGUGAAGAGCAAUAUCAAUGUGGCCAUACUGAAUGUCGGAGCUCCCUGUGCCGGUAUGAAUGCUGCAGUGAGAGCUGCUGUCAGGAUGGGCAUCAUUCAGGGACACAAUAUGUUGGCUGUUCACGAUGGCUUUGAUGGACUUGCUCAUGGCCAGAUUGAGCCCAUUUGCUGGACUGGAGUGAGUGGCUGGACGGGAAAAGGAGGCUCAAUGCUGGGCACAAAAAGAACUCUACCAGGAAAAUUAUUUGAAGAAAUUAGUUUGAAUAUUGCAAAAUUCAACAUCCAUGCUCUAGUGAUCAUUGGAGGAUUUGAGGCUUAUGUGGGAGGCCUGGAAUUGGUUCAAGCCAGAGAGCAAUAUGAGGAGAUGUGCAUUCCGAUGGUGGUGAUUCCUGCCACUGUGUCCAACAAUGUCCCAGGAUCAGACUUCAGUAUUGGUGCAGACACAGCCCUCAACACAAUCACAUCAACUUGUGACAGGAUAAAGCAGUCUGCAGCAGGGACCAAACGACGAGUGUUUAUUGUGGAGACUAUGGGAGGUUACUGUGGCUACUUGGCCACUAUGGCAGGCCUUGCAGCUGGGGCUGAUGCUGCCUACAUAUAUGAGGAAAAAUUCACUAUUAAAGACCUUGAAAUGAAUGUGAUGCAUCUUAUUGAGAAGAUGAAAACAACUGUUAAGAGAGGAUUGAUUCUAAGAAAUGAAAGUUGCAACUCCAACUACACCACUGACUUUAUUUUCAACCUGUAUUCAGAAGAGGGCAAAGGCACUUUCGACUGCCGUAAAAAUGUCCUGGGACAUAUGCAGCAGGGUGGUACACCUACACCUUUUGACAGAAAUUUUGGGACAAAAAUGGGGGCCAAGUCUGUCCUGUGGCUAACUGAAAAACUGAAGGACUGCUACAGACAUGGCCGAAUCUUCGCCAACACACCUGAUUCUGCCUGUGUGCUUGGGAUGAGGAAGAGAGCACUGACAUUUCAGCCCCUUGCUGAACUUAAAGCAGACACUGAUUUUGAACAUCGUAUACCCAAGACGCAGUGGUGGCUUAAGAUAAGGCCGAUCAUGAAGAUCCUUGCCAAAUAUGACAUCAAACUGGACACCUCUGAACAUGCAGAUAUGGAGCAUGUGAUCAAAAAGAGAGGUCAGCUGUAGCUGGCUCUGACUUCAAUAAAUUACAUUUCUGUGUCACAUCAAA